UCAUUUCCAAUUUCAGCGAGGUCAGAGCAGCAUCUCGCCAAUUUCAUUUUCCACUCCACACUUAUCUUCAUCAACUUAUCUUUCAAUUCUACCAGUUAUCAUCUUCUUAUCAUAAAUUAUGGUCCGCCUUGGACUCGUCGCCCUUCUCGCGGUGAGUCUUGCUCUCGCCACGUCCACGUCGGGAAAAAGGGUCGUCUCGUCGGACAAUGGAGACGGAGGAGAAAAUUCAAUCGAAGGGUUCGACAAUUCUAAUUCGGACGACAGAUCCAACCACGCUCGACCACAUCAUGGCGGCAAAGGGAAGAAAAAGGUCAAAAUUUCGUCCCCUGGGGACAAUGAUGUCGGCGGCGGCGGCGGCGAUGCAGACGUAAAUCGGCCCCCUGCAAAUCUUCCAGUUCAACCGUCCCCGGCUCCUCUGGACGUCAAAAAUGCCACGAUUAAUCCGGAAGAUGUCGAAUAUCUGCCUGGCGGACCGAGCACUUUUACCGUGACGAGUUCAGAGGUCGGGCUGGCUUGGCCCAAGUUGCCGUGGCGAGAGAGGUAUCAGUGGGCUGACCCGAAUGCGCCGUGUCUCCCCUUCAAGCUUCAAGUUCCGGACGAACGGUCACAAUUUUCGACAAUAACGCUCUGCAUUUACCGAACACACCUCGAGUAUCAGGACGACACGGAUCAAUUCAUUCGACGAGAGGAGGAGGAAACUGAACUCAUCGGAGAACUCAAGGAGCAAAAGGUGCACGGCUUCGUCGUUGGUCAGAACGGUUCCGCCGUGUAUGGAAAAAUCGUGGGGACUUCGUUCUACGGGGAGGUAGCCGUUUACGACUGGGAAACCAAGGAGGAAAUCGUCUACGAAGUUGAAGAGAUCAAACUUCUCAAGAAACUCAUGCGCCAGAAUGAAAAGAUCCUCCGCAAUAUUCUCGCGGUCAUGAGUCGCGGCGGAAAUGGAGCCAGGUAUAACGCUGUCGUAACGAAAGGAGCGUCCCUCAUAAACUUCAUGGCGGCCGUUAAUCCGUCAGAAUUCGUGCGCGGAUCGUUUCUCGUCUUUUCGACCAACCGCAAUUCUUACAUUACUGCGGGCGAGCCACAAAUGGAGGUGGAUGACGAUGGCGUUAUCACGUUUAACGCGGGCGGAGAUAAGAUCAUCAUUGAUAACGAAGGCCAUCCCGCCAUCCAUUUGAAAACCGGAACUGAGCGAGAAUAUGUUUUUCGUCCCAAUGGCAAAACCAUCGUGCAGGAUGGGAAUGAUGUCGUCGUGUUGGAAGAACACGAAGGCGCCGUCGCCGUGUCUGCUUUUUCUGCCGAUAAUUCCUACGGCUGCAUCCUCCCAACCCCGGCCUUCUCACCGCAACGACCGGGCGGUUACCUCUGCAAAGUCUGCCUCGCCGUGGACAAGCUAUUCCUCGACAAAUACAUGUCCUUCGUCACUCCCCCCAUCCGUCCAGCCCCCUUUCUUGCCCGCAUUCUCGACAACGUUUCCUGGAUUUUCCGCUCCACCGAUUGGAACGGCGACGGCACUCCGGAUAACAUCGGGCUCGACUAUGACCGUCAGAACGACAACUGGAUCUACAUCGACUCAGGCGAAGAAUCUUUGGAGCACGACGAACUCGACAUGUUGUACGGAAAUCUGGCCCGCAUGGACUUUUCCGACUGCUGUGUCGCCAUCACUUACACGAUGAAACGCUUCCCUGGCGCCAUGUUCGCCAAGUCGGCGGCUGGAAAUGAUAAGCGAAUCAACGCGCAUAACGGGGUGUGCGGAGGUCAAGAUCAGGCCGGCUUAUCGAACAAUGUCAUUCUUAUCUCGGCCAAUGCGAAGAAGGGCAACUUUUCCCGUAUGUCGGAAGACCAAUUGACCUACUUGACCGCACAACAGAUCGGACGAGCCUUUGGAUCCGCGCCGGAUGGGUCGGGUGAUGAUUCUUGCGACAUUUUCAAAGAUGCUGAGGGUACCGAACGUCACUUCCUCAUGUGGCCGGACGUCCUGAGAAAUUACUCCAUGGAGGAAAAAGUUCCCAGCAAGUGUUCCAAACUCCAAGUGACCAAGAUCUUGUCGCAGUGCAAGUCCGCCUGUUUCGACAUUGAUAAGCACCCCUUCUGCGGAAAUGGAAUUGUUGAAGAGGGUGAAGAGUGCGAUUGUGGCGGAGAAGCGGAAUGCGCCCGACAGAAAUGCUGCUACUCACGCCUCGGACUCCACCCUUGUCGCAAGUCGGGAAUCGGCUGCAAAAAGUCUGGCGCCACCGAGAUGACCAUCACGACCUUUCCAGCCUUCGCUACUCUUCUCGGCACCCUUUUCUUCACUGCAUACUGAACUGACCUCAAUUUCGACCCUUUACCUCACUCUCUCUCCCGUUAUAAUAAUUGUGAUAUAAUGACAAUUAUUCUCUAAAUUAUUUUGUGCUUUGUAUUUAUAAACCAGCCUUGUCAUCCUAAUUAUUCGUAUAUAAUUGUGCAUUAAAUUCCAAAUUGUCAUUUAA